CCAAUCCUUUUAACAACUUCGCAACUUCCAUGGUAUCUCAAUCAGUAUAAUUCAAUUUAAAUCCUACGAAACAUUGCUAGAUCGCACUCAUCAUAAUGGGCAUCUCUCUCUCCACCGCGCGCUACCUAGCGCCACUCUCCUUCGCCGUCGACUUCGCCGCGCAGCAAUAUGGCAUACUGAGUACCCCAAGCAUGAAGGACGUCCACGACGCGAACCUUUCGUACUUCUCGCCGCAGCCCUACUUCAUCGCCGGGUUUUUCUUCCCCCAGCAGAUCUUCCAAGUCGUCUGGCUCUGGCGGCUGUGGAAGGCUAAGCCCGAAGACCUGAGGACCGAUCGGUCGGUCGCGGAGAUGGUGGAUUUUGCGCCUUACUACGCCGUGGGGAAUUUCUGCAUUGCUACGUGGAUGAUAUUCUGGAAUCAGUCCGAUCUGAAGACAUCCAACAUCUUCGUCGUCAUCAACUCGUUGGCGCAGCUGUACUACAUUUUUGGACGGCUGCAGCCCAUGAAUACAAAGUCAUGGAACUCUAUUCUGACGAACAUUGUGUCCAAAACAUUCGCCGGCAUUGGGGUGUUAGAUCUCUUGCAUAACGGCUCUGUGGCGUAUGCUGUUGGCCAACCGCCAAGCACAAUGGUCAAAGUCCUCACUGGCCUGGGGUUCGGCGCGCUGGCCUCGGCAAGCGAUUGGAUUUUUGGCGGCUGUUUGGUUUACGAUCUAGUCGCCUUGAUGGUUGGGCAGCGGGCGUAUGGAAACACCAGCUGGAGCAAUCUUCUUGGUGCCUAUGCUGCAGGUGCGGCUGCUAUUGUCACCGCGAAGAACCUGGCCAGGUCGCCAUAUGUGAAGGAUACCGAAUAUCAACCGCUGUGAAACAUGAAACAAUAUAUAUUGGACCCCGUGAUUUAUAUAGAUGACUCCUGAAUUUUUUUUUAAAAAAAG